CGGUGUGGAGAUAAGCAUUUAGAUGACCCCGGGGUCCAGAUCGAUUCGGGGUUCUUGUCGGGCCAGAACAUCACCGUCCUGCAAUCGGAGCAGGAACAACCUGCCGAUCUCAGGCUCCACGCCGAUCGGGAACACUCCGAGGUCUCGUCCUGGAAGAUCCAGCCCGACGUAGACAUGAGAGUCGACAGCGGGAUCGUCGAGGCUGGUCUGAGCGAUACCCUCAGCCAACUCACCUUGACACACGUGACGAUAAACCACCUCAGAGGAAAGGUUCAGGCCGAACCAACCGACGAAUUGGCCCCGGUUACCGGUCGCAGAUUUUCGCAUCAUUCUUCGCCAGUUGACGAAGACUCCUACCUUGAACAAGCCCAGCAGCUUUGGAAGCUCUACUACUCGCAGGACGAGGAUGGCGACACACAGCUACACAUCGCCAUCGUCCAGGGUUUCCACGAGGUCGCAAUGAGCCUGAUAAGAAUGUCGCCUCAUCCCUCGCUCUUCGACUGCUUGAACAGCAAGCGCCAGGCGCCGUUGCACCUCGCUGUUUACACCCACCAGCCGAGCAUAGUGAGGCGACUAAUUUUGGCGGGAGCCGAUCCGAGCCUCAGAAAUUCAGACGGAAACACGGCGCUCCAUCUCGCCGCAGCAUCCGGGGACUUGGCCUGCGCCAGGGCGCUGACCGAGCCGAUAUCGUCCUGCGAAAGGAUGUACCUGACGCCCGAAAGGCAGGCGCCAGCGAUCCCUCAGGACCUCGAGCAGCGGAAUUACGAAGGAGAAACCUGCCUCCACGCUGCAGUCGUCGCAGGAAAUACGGAAGUCGUACGAUUGCUGAUCAGCGUCGGUGCGGAUCUCGAGGCUAAGGAGAGGCUGGGAGGAAGGACAGCUCUUCACCUGGCCAUCGAAUGCCGGAGAAAAGGUGUCACCAGCUUACUGUUGCAAGAGUGCAAUCCCCAGCUGGACGCCCUGACCUACGGAGGUGUUACCGCGUACGAAAUCGCAGCCGCAUGGGACACGCAGUUGGCGAAGGAACUCGGAAGGAGACUCGGUGCGACGAGUUCGCGCACCGCGGAUUUCAAGAACAACGACAAGCUUGCAAAAAUUCCCCAACUCUGGCAGAGUGUCGGAUUACGUGCCUAGGCGAGACGUGAAAUUUCAAUUCGCGUUUCAUCCAUUUUCCGUCGAACAUACCCAAACCGACGAAGCCGAUGAUCAAGAGUAAAUAACGAACGGCCGAUUCAAUGGAACAACCGAAGUUUAUCCGACCAAGCGAAUCGCGUCCUGUGCUAAAGGAUAAAGAAAACGGGAGCUGGAUGUCACAAUUUGCUGCAUGUACGACGCACCAGCGUGACUUGUAACCUUCAGGUUCGAGAUGACGGAUGAAGAAACGUUUUCCGGUAUAACCACGGAGUAUUGAUUCUUGGGGUGAGAUAAAGAAAAAAAAAAAGAAAAAAAAAUAGGGAAACGAUGGAUGAUCCGAGGAACGUGCAGCGAUGCCCGAUUCUCACCGAUAUUGUAUAUUGGACGUGUUGAUGUAUAUAUUAUAGAUAGGUAUAUGAGCUGUAUGAACAUGUACACUGGUUACAAUUAGUCAAAAAUUUUCAUGUGUAUAUGUGUAUAUAUAUAUAUAUAUAUAUAUAUAUAUAUAUAUAUAUACUUAAAAAAUUUAUAUUUAUAUUUACAUGUUACAUAUACGUGUAUAUUUGAACAUAGGUAUAUGUUGUAUUAUGUACGUAUGGAUGUACAUGACGGAGACUGUGAAUGGGACGACUUCUCACGUCGACUUAUGUAUUAAUAAUUUUCUUAAUUAUACCAGAAUCGCAAAUUAGACUGUAACAGUGGUGAAGAAAAUAGCCCAACGAAGAAGAAAAAAAAAAAAUACCCCGCGUGUGUAAAUAUCGUCAUUCCUUGUUAAAACUGCAUGUGUAAACGUGCCGUCGUUGCGCAUCGCGAGUAAGUGACAAGAUAAUGUCAAUGUCAUUCUCGUGAUAAAAUUAGCGUUUAUACAUUUUAAUAUAAAAAAUAAACCAACGAUUAUAAACCAAGA